CAUGUCCCUCUCUCUAUCUCCUACAUUUAUACAUACUCAAGUAUGGGUGUAUUUUUGUGUGAUACGAUCUUAUUGGUAGUACUAGGACUAGCUAUUUUCAUUAUGGCUAAUCAUGUCUAUAUCGGAAAUUCAUCUCGAGCUGAUUUGUUAGUCAGCCGCGAAGAUCAUGAUCAUCAUUUUCAAACACGAAAAAUUCAAGAAUGGAAGUCGUAUUUCUUCCAACGACAACAUAUCUCCCUUGCUUCAUCGUCGUCCCCAACUCCAGCUCUAGCUCCAUCUUUGCCUCUUGGAACAAGUAGCUCAAGAGUGUAUUCAGUGAUAGCAUAUGGUGCGGAUCCAACAGGGAAAAUAGACAGCACAGAAGCAAUCCUGGCCGCAAUAUCGGAUGCAGUUUCAGUCGCGGGUAAUGGAGAAUUGAUACAGGGGAUUAACAACCUUGGCGGAGUACAGAUAAAUUUGGAAGGUGGGAUUUACAACAUCAGCCGCCCAAUAAAAAUGCCGGUCGCCGGCCGAGGCAACAUCCUGAUAUGUGGAGGAACAUUAAAAGCAUCUGAUAAUUUCACAAGUGAUGGUUAUAUGAUAGACUUAUCAGCCUCUUCUUCUUCAAAUCAUGAUUAUACUUACGAGUUUGUAACAUUAAGAGAUUUAAUGUUGGAUUGCAAUUUCAAGGGAGGCGGUAUCCGAGCCAUUGACACCUUAAGAACAAGCAUCGACAAUUGUUACAUCGCCCAUUUCACUACCACGGGUAUACUAGUACAACGUGGUCAUGAGACUUACAUUCGCAAUUCCUUCCUAGGACAACAUAUUACCGCCGGGGGUGACCCCAGUGAACGCAAUUUCACUGGAACGGCCAUAGAACUACAAGGAAACGACAAUGCAAUCACUGAUGUCGUUAUUUUCUCAGCUGCAGUUGGGAUCAUGAUUUCUGGCCAAGCAAAUAUUAUUACUGGGGUACAUUGUUAUAAUAAGGCAUAUGGUUUUGGUGGGACUGGGAUAUACUUAAAAGUACCUGGAAUAACACAAACCAGAAUUGUUAAUUCAUACUUUGAUUACACCGGAAUAGUGGCUGAAGACCCGGUACAACUUCAUGUUUCUGAUUGUUUCUUCCUUGGGGAUUCAUUUAUUGUUCUCAAGUCGGUUCGUGGAGUGGUUGAUGGAAUAAACAUUGUAAAUAACAUGUUUUCUGGCUCAAAUAAAGGGAUUGAUGUUGUUCAGUUAGAUCAAACUAACAAAGAGUUCACCGACAUUGGUCAAGUAGUCGUUGAUAAGAAUACUGCUAAUGGGAUGAACCUGAAGGCGACUGUUGCUAAAGCUGCAACACGAGUCAAUGGUACCUCAUGGACUAUCGAUUUUAACAAGAUACUGCUUUUUCCUAGACGCAUAAAAUUUGUUCAACAUGCUCUAAUGACAGAUGCAAGUAAUUCGUUUCCCAGCACUAUUUUGCGAAAUAUCUCGAAUAAUCAAGUACUGAUCGAGUCAAAUACAAAGGUUGAAGGGAGCUCAUCGGUUAGUGUUGAUCAAGGUCUAUGGAUGUCGAGCUAGUCAUACAUACUUAACUAUUUAUAUUAUUUUUCAUUUUUUUGUAAAAAUUUUUCUCUAACUUCUUGAGUCCAAGAUCUCAAAUACUCAAAGUAAUAUAUCCAU